UAAAAUAAAUUUAAACCCUCCAAUACUUUUCCUUCCAUUUACUUUAAUUAUUCUAACAUAAAAAGUAUAAUCCCUCCAUUUCCUCUUAUUUUCCUCGAUUUUCCUCGAUUCCCCUCCCUUCCCUUCUCUUCCCUUUACCAUUUUCUAUCCAAACAAUACGUUAAGGAUCUUUUUCAUUUUCGUCUCUCCUUGCUUUCUCUCCCGCUUCCUUCCCUCUUCCUUUCUCCGUCAGGCGGUUCAUGCCCUCAGCCGAUGGAUGAGAAGGGCUGGGCGUCACCGGACGACGCUUUGGUCACCUAGCGGCUCGCUCAGAGUGCCGAUCCGAUCCGGUGGGCCAAGAAAUUCGGAUAGAGCAUUGUUGACGCUUUUUAGCUCUCGUUCGGUGCCGUGGACGUCGCUCCCGUCCCGUCGAACGAUGCCUCGAGGACAGACUGUUGCCGUUUAGCGUUGGAUGAGCUUAGCAUGGCACCUCUGUCUCCCAUCGGUCCAUCCUCGUGAAGACGGAAAAGAUCCCUCCAAUCUCCAACCAAAUCCUCAGCACACUUGUAGAUAGUUAUGAGCCAUUUUUUGAAGACCCAUGGAGAGAUUACAAUGUACCAUAUGCCAUAUUCUGAGGUUGCCUGCCAUUUCAUUGCCUUGAUGAAGGAGAUGAUUUUCAUUUCUCAGUUAAGGUGUGAAGCUCUGUGAAAAAUGUGAUUUUCUAAUUUCAGGUUUCAUCCUUUUUAGUAGUUUUUGUUAUUAUUUUGCUUUUGGAUUUGUAAAUGGCCAUUAUUAAUUUUUGUCUUUUACUUUAAUUUUAGUUUAGUUUUAGUUUGUUAGAGUUAGCAGCAUGCCAUAAAUUUAUUUAAUUUUUAUUCAAGUCAAAUUAUUAGUUUUGGAUGUAUGAUACUAAGAUGAGUAUCUUUUUAAAUUGCUUAGAAAAAUCCUAGAACUAGUCUGAUGCUUGAGAACACAUUCGGUAAAAUUGAGACCAUUAUCUCUUGAUCAUAGGAUUAAAUCUUUAAGAUACUUUUGGCUUUUAGAACUAACUCAAAAUUAAAAUUUGUGGGCUUAG